UGCAUGAUUGAAUGGCGGAGUAGACCUAAUGGGCCGAAUGCUGCAAUCACUUAUGAACCUACCACAAGACGGUAUUUUUCUACCACACAUGUCCCUCCCUCUGAUGGCGCUUGCGCGCAUUGGAGUAGGUUGAUUUCCGGGGUCGUGUUGCUGGUUUCAUCUGCGGAGAUGUCACACUGUGACACUGUUUCUGAAGGAAACUCCAUGUAGAAUUUCACCCGGAGCGUUCCAAACUUCGCCCGGCCUUGUUGACUCGCAAUUCUCCAUAGAAAUCAGCAACAACUAAAAUCUUACUGACAGGGGACUCUUAUUCCUGUCUGAGAAAGUUUUAUUUUAAGAGAUUUCGCGCACUUCACCGAUUCAAGUCCUCUUCCGGGAGAGAAGGUCUGUUUUUUUUUUCAACAUCCCAGCAUGUAAUUGCUGAAGAAAUCAUUACGCUGGGUCUCCGUCGUUCGAAGGCAGAGAAGGAAUUUGGAACAAUAAACUUCUUGGGAUGGAGGUCUGGGGACUGACGAGGUCUUUCUUCUGCACGUUUGCAGAGCGAGCCGGGUUGGCCUUUAAAGGCACGCCUGCUAAAUUGCGAUUUUUUAAAUACGGCUGCAGAUGUACGAUGUUAAAACCCUGUGGAAGAAGUAUUUCUGCAUUUCAUACUUGUGCUUUAGGAACACAACUUCGGCUCGGGAUAAGCAUGAAUAGACAACAACAAUGUCACAUCAAGGAUUCAUCGCAAAGUGCCCUUGGAAGUGUGGUUCCCGUGUUUUCUGUCGUGAAAUAUGAGAGUACUGGGAACAUAAGCUUCUUUGAACGAAAGAAGACUGAACUAUACCAGGAACUUGGACUCCAAGCGCGAGAUUUGCGAUUUCAGCACUUAACGAGUAUUAAUACCAGGAAUAAUUGCAUCAUCCUCAGGAUGGAGAUCCUUAAAGCUGUAAUAACUCCAAAGUAUCUUCUUAUCCUGGAUUAUCACCAAUCAAAUCUGGAGCAUUGGCUUUUGAAGGACCUCACGUUACAAUUGGCUGGAGAUGGACAACUGGCCACAUACUCUUUGCCUUUUGAAUUCCGGGCCAUAGAAGCAAUACUUCAUCACAGGAUUAGUGCUCUGCAAGCAAGUCUGAAUGAGUUACAGCCUCAAAUAUUAGAGACAUUAGAAGCUCUGGUCAAUCCCAAACAAAUGUCGAUUGAUCGAAGCAAACUGCAUAUUUUACUUCAAGACAGCAAAAACUUGUCUGGAUUGGAGACGGACGUAAAGGUCUUCAAGGAGACGUUGCUGGAGAUUCUAGAUGAAGAGAAGCUGCUAAAAGAACUUUGUCUCACCAGCGAGCAACUUGUUUCUCAUCAGAGUAAUUCCAGAAUCGACCUCACAGAAGAGAUGGAACUCCUUCUUGAAAAUUAUUACCGACAGGCCGAAGACCUGGCCAAUGCAGCACGGGAGCUGAAGGUGUUGAUAGAUGAUUCUGAGAGCAUCAUUUUUAUCAACUUGGACAGCCAUCGCAAUGUGAUGAUGCGUUUGAACCUCCAGCUGACGAUGGGAACGUUUUCCAUUUCCCUCUUUGGAAUCCUUGGCGUUGCCUUUGGCAUGAACUUGGAAUCCUCCUUCGAAGAGGACCCCAGGUUCUUCUGGUUGGUAACUGGAAUAAUGUUUCUAGGGAGCGGACUAAUGUGGCGACGCUUGCUAUCGUUUCUUGGCCAGCACUUGGAACCCCAAGCACCCCCAUCGAUGCCCUCUAUCUUGAAAAGAUCACAGCUGCUGGGUGGAAGAGUCGACCAAAGACACGGUUCAAAAUGAUAAAGAUCCAAACGCAUUGAUACGUUGAUAAUGGACUUUGAAGCUAAGCCAGGUAGCACUGGAUAGGAAGGAUGAUACAGGAGCAAUAUUUGUAGCACCAUCUGAAAAGAGCAAUUCAGUUCAGCGAAUAAAUUGCAUUUGCAUUUGGGACUGAAAGGCCAAUAUUUUGGUUGUUAAAAAUCCUCAGCAAUCCAUAGGUUUUUAUCAUUUGUAACCCUGAGUUCACAAGUUGUUCUUUGUCUCUGUGCUUAAGUUCACAGACUGUUCUUUUCAAGGAGUGACACAGGAGUGUCAUAGUGGCUCACCUGUAGAUUCAAUACUGACUGCAGGUGUUAUCCGUACGGAGUUUGUACGUUCUUCCCCGCGAUCACAUGGGUGUUCUCUGGGUCCUUCGGUUUCCGCCCACACUCCAAAGAUGUACAGGUUUAAAUAGGCUAUUUCGAUUCAGUAAGUUGUAAAAUUGUCCUUAGUAUGUGUAGGUCAGGGUACGGGGUGAUCGCUAGUCGGUGUGGAAUCGGUGAGCCGAAAGGCCUGUUUCUGCACUGUAUCUAUCUAAAGUGCAAAAUUUCCAGUCUGUUUCCAUCACUGUGUUACAGCAGGUUUUAGAAACCUUUGCCGAUCAGACCCACGAGAGACAAAAAAAAAAUUGAAUUACACAGGGCAUCUGCCCUAUCCAGAAUAAAUUUUAGUGGGUUAAUGCUUCCUGUAGUCAUGCAUUCCCCUUAUUAAAACAUAAAAUUAUGGGUAUAGAUUCUUAUUUUAUUUUAUCGUAAUUACUUAUACAUUAAAAGUCUUUGUAACUUACACAUUCAGUGUUCUUUAGCUAAGAGUACUAGAUAGAUGUUGCCAGUGAAAUAGUGUUAACAGUUGACUUUAUGAGAUGUUAACACUCCCAUCCCCACAUGACAAUUUAAUUUAUUCCAUCUCAUGAAGAAACAAUUAGUUGCAGUUACCAACUGGUCCUGCAGCAUACGAGUUUGGGAAGUUGAUGCUGGAAGAUUUAACACUGUUAACACUUAAAGAAUGAUUAAACAAAAAAAUGAGUUCAGUACAAGAUAAA